GUGCAAAUCCUGUCCACUGUAAGUGCUUCUGCCCCUCUGAGGGGCUGCAUCUACUUCACAAUUUCACAAGAAGCCAGCAGGACCCAAGCACAGCACAUCAGUACUUUCUCAGCUCAGCCCUGAAGCUCAGCCCAGGAAGCCAACACGUUCAUGCAGGCAUGAGCAUUACAGAAGAGGAAACAUACAUUUAAGUCCAAACAGGCUCAGCUUGAAGAAAACAUUGGUUUUCAAUGCAGCUAUGAAGUAAGAAAAUACAAAAGAAAUUUGAAUGCUCUUUCAGAAGAGAAGGCUUGGGUAAAAAAUACUGAGGAAGUGCAGAGUUAAUUUUCAGUGAAGUACAUGUAACCGCAGAGUCUGGGCUUUUGUCAUAACCCAGCAAACUCAGCAUGACAGAAGCAUACGCAGAAACCACAGCUGAGUACGUUUACGAUGAACAUGCUUUCGCCUGCAACAAAACCGACAUCCUAGAGUUUGGGAAGAUAUUCCUGCCGAUAUUUUACAUUGUGGUGUUUGCUCUCGGCCUCACAGGGAAUCUAAUGGUGGUUUUGGCUAUUGUGAAAGGCAACAAAAAAAGCAUCACUGACAUCUAUCUCCUGAACUUGGCUGUCUCUGACCUUCUCUUUGUGAUCUCCCUCCCGUUCUGGGCAUCCAACACGGUCCGUGGAUGGACCCUUGGGACUAUUGCAUGUACAGCUGUUUCCUCACUGUAUUACAUUGGUUUCUUUGGGGGCAUGUUCUUUAUCACUGUUAUCAGCAUUGACAGGUACUUGGCCAUUGUUCGGGCAACUUAUUCUCUGAAAUCCAGAACAGUGAGGCACGGCUUUGUGGUGACCUGCGGAGUGUGGGCAGUAGCGGUUCUAGUGUCAGUGCCACAUUUUGUGUUCUCCCAGCACAUAGAAAAUUACUGCAUUGCUGUCUUCCCAGAGAAGCUGGAGAACAUCUGGCCAGUGUUCUGCAAUAUGGAGCUGAACACCAUCGGAUUUUUCAUCCCAGUCUGUAUCAUAUUCUAUUGCUACUGUGGGAUCAUCAAAACCCUGCUGUCCUGCAAAAAUCAGAAAAAAGCACGAGCCAUAAAACUGAUCUUGGUUGUGGUGGUGGUGUUUUUUCUGUUUUGGUCCCCCUACAAUGUACUGAUUUUUCUUGAUACUUUAAAUCACUAUGAUUUAUUCACAGAUUGUGACCAAAUUAAGUCAUUGGACUAUGCAAUGCACCUGACUGAAACCAUUGCGUUCAGUCACUGUUGUCUCAAUCCUCUUAUCUAUGCCUUUGCUGGGGAAAAAUUCAGGAAAUACCUUUAUCAUGUCUGCCUGAAGUACUGUCCAUUCUCAUGUUUCUGUGGGCCCUGCAGUCACUACCAGGUCCCUCAUUCAGUUAGUUAUGCAGAAAGUGUGGUGAACAGCAACAUAACCCUGAACACCAGCGACCAGGAUGCCUCUGUCUUGGUCUAAAAGGCUCUGGGAAGGAGAAAUGUAGCAAUACCUGUCUCCUGCAGGGAUAGCAAUCACUGAGGGGUUGUAUUUACCUGUAUGAAGAGCCUUAGUGGCUGCACUGAAUUACUGACAUGCCUCUAGUUAAGCAUUAAAUAUUCUAAAACUGUAAACAUUUUAAAAACAAAAGCAGUACAAUAUGUCAGUGUUGGACUUGGAAUGGAAUCAAGAGCAAGGAAGAGGGAAAGUAGAAACAAAAGGAGCACUCUGUGUCUAGAAAAGGAGAUGGAGAAGAAUUUAAGGGUAGGGAACAUUUGUACAGUUCCACUGCUGGAACUUGUUCAUGUGUCAGUGUGCAUGUGAUACCGAUGUACAUAGACCUAAACUCAUUUUUUAAGGGAAGAGAAAUCUCUUUAAUGAAUGGUGACUGACUUUUAGGAGAGUGGAAUAUUUUUGAUAAUAAAGGGGUAUAUUUUUGAUGCUAUAUAUCCAUAAGGAAGUGAUUUUGUGGUUAUUGAUUGCAACAAGUGUUUUAACUGUG